AUGUCAUCUCCACCCCGCUCUCCCAUACCGCAGAUUCGCUCCCCUCUUCCUCCAGAAGCUCCAAAGGAAAGUGCUAUUAGCAGACUCCUCAUCACCCCUAUAACGUUCGUAUCCUUCCUCCUCUCACUCGCUCUAAUCGACUCGCAAAAUCACCGCCUCCGCACAAAAACACACUCGCAUUCUCCCUCACGAACUCAACCUACCACACUACUCGGCCACAUCAGGGAUUCUCUGCAUGGAUUAGUCUAUAAAGAAGUCGAUCAGGGUCCGUAUGCGUAUGUAAGGUCGCCGAAUCUGAUUGUCAAUGCGCGAGAGGGGUUGAGGGAGAGGUCUGCCAGUGGGAGUAGGAGUCCGAGGAGGAGUGGAGAGAGGGAGAGGGAGAAGGCUGAGCCAUGGCAUUGGCAUACUAAGCAGAGGAAGAUGAUGAGGGCGGAGGUUGAGGAUGCCUUUAAGGUCAGGAAGUGGGUGGUUGUUUUCUUGGUGUUGGUGGCUGUAUUUGGCGUUGGUUCGUUAGUGAUGAUGGGUUGGUGGCUGCUGGGUUUCUCGCGGAGUUGGGAGGGAGGGGAUUACAAAAGGGGGGAUCUUUAAGGAGAGCUGGCGCCGUGGAGAGGGUGUUGGAUGAUUGAACGAUUCGGAAAAGGCUGACGGAUUUGAUAUGGUUUUAUUUUGGGACGAUUGACAUGAUGUAAGAACUUUGUGAAUGUUGGGGAGUCUUGGGGUUUGGUAAAGGGCUGGUCUGGCUCGGGAUAUAUGGACGGGAUCGAACCUAAUUUCAGAGGCUCGUAGAGUUUAUUUGGAUCGGUAUCCAAGCACCACCAAGUUGCAAACCUGGAAGGAAUGAAAUGUUGUUUGUCAAGGACCUCUAUCGCCACUUAAUGCUAAGAUAAUUAGUGCACUCAUUGUAAACUCCAUUUCAUGUUUCGUGAUCUUAUCAUAGAAAUCAAACCUCUAUAAAUGUGAAAAUCACUUC